UAUGGACCUAACUGCGAUAGUGACAGUGUGCUGUGCUAUGAAUGUGUGGCAUGGUGCACUAUGAAAUGCGAAAACAGUGUUCGUGGUGCCGAGGUGACUUUCAUUUCAUCCGGCUUCAGAAACUGGAAGAAGGCCACUGAGAAGUUUAGAACUCAUGAAAAAAGUGAAUGCCACAGCCGGUCCGUGGAUAGCUUGUUGCAGAGACUGCAGAAAGCACCAGUGAUCAAGCUUCUCAGUGAGCAGAGCCUGAAGGAGCAGAAUGAGGCGCAAAUGGCACUCCGUGUUGUCUUCAGUUCCAACAGAUACCUUGCACGCUCGGGUCAGGCUCUGCGCGGACAUUCGUAUGAAGAUGGAAACCUGCGGCUUCUACUCGACGAAAGAUCUCAAGAGGUCCCGGCCUUGGAGAUGUGGAUGAAAAGGCGGGACAAGUGGCUGAGCGCUGACGUUCAAAACGAAGUCAUUGAAAUCAUGUCUCACGAGCUGCUGCGGGGCAUCAUACAGGAAAUAAAGCAUUCAACCUUCUUCAGCAUCAUUGCCGACGGCACGACGGACGUUUCAUCCUCUGAGCAGUUCUCGCUGUGCAUCAGGUGCGUGGAUCCAGACACUUUGCAUGUAAAGGAGAUUUUUGUUGGCUCGUACAACCCGAGUGAUACCACAGCCGCAACUCUUUUUGCUGUGAUCAAAGACAUGAUCAUGCGGUUGGGUCUAGACUUUCAGAACUUUCGUGGACAGUGCUUUGAUGGUGCAGCAAAUAUGUCAGGAAGGUUAAACGGGGUACAGAAAAAAGUGACCGAAGUGCAGCAAAAAGCUGUGUACGUUCAUUGCAGCAACCACGCCUUAGAUCUUGUUCUGCAGGAGGUUGGACGAGGCUGCGAGCUGAUUCGCGACGCGCUUGCCAUCGUUAAGGACGUUUCGGGAAUCAUAAUGGAGUCAGCGAAGCGAACGAAAGCAUAUAAGAAUGUUGUGAUAUCUCCUGGCCACGAGAGCGAAGAAGGUACCAUCGCCAGUGGAAAAGUAUCCAAGCUGCUUCCCCUGUGCCCCACCCGGUGGGUUCUUUGA